AUGGCGACCCUGCGCCCUCUCCCGGAGGGAUUUCGGCACUUCGGCCAUCUGCCCCUCGAGCUCCGACUCAAGAUCUGGCACUACUCCUUCCAGCCGCGCGUCGUGGAGCUGCACGGCCGGCGGGCGCACUACGCCGACGCCUUUCGGCACGGCGGCAGCACGCCCGGCUGGCAGAGCGCCUCCAACAAUCCCGCCGCGCUCGCCGUCAACACCGAGGCGCGUGCGGCGGCUCUCCGCUAUUACCGCAUCCAGAUCCCGCUCGCGCUCGCCGUGUCCUGCCAGCGGCCAGGCGACACGGUGACGCACAGAGGGCGCGUGCUCUACUUGAAUCCGGCCGUCGAUACCGUGGCCAUGCUGGGCGAUCUCGACUUUUAUCGCCUGUCGUCGUUUUUAUCCGACAUUCGUCAUCGCGACCCCGCAGGUAUCGGCCUCAAGCGUCUUGCUGUCAGCGCCCGAUGGACAUCGCAUGGAGGUGCGGGCAGCUCCAUCAGAAUGAUCUUCAAGACCAUAUUUCCCGAGCUUGCUGAGUUUAUAGUUUAUUUGUUUGACAGCAGCUUGCCCCCUGAAGACUGGGUAAAUGGGACGUGUUUGCUUGAAGACUGUGCGGGAACGAGUGUAUACAAGGCCUUUGAAGCAGGAGGUGGGAAACACUUACGAGAAGGGGACAAGUGGAUGGUAAUUGGCAAGAGCCAGCUGAAAAUAAUGCAGCUUGCUUUCUUCUCCGGGUGGUAG